AUGCCUCCCCAACUACUCACCGCCGAAGAUGCCGUUACUAAACUUAUCGACUCUUCCAAGUUGAUAGAAAUGCGCCCUGGGCUAAAGACGCAAGAAGAGAAUCGUGUUGUCGAAGCUUUCACAUUAUUGGCUACUGGUCCCCCUGCUGAAGACACCAGAGCCGCGAAGCAGCGAACUAUUUACUUGCAAUUCCUCCAGCAGGUAAAUACAGUCCUGGGACGAGACAAAGUGGUUCUGUGUGCCGCUACCAUUGGGUGCUCUAAUGUAGCGAGAAUGAGAGACCGUGCUAGAGUAGAGCUACCCCACAAGAUGAAAGAAAGAAGUGCAGAGUUCGAGUGCGGCGUUCUCCGAAGUCUUGGAGAUAUCUACUUCGCUAGAUUCUUUCCUCAGCGCCACGAUAAUCUGUCUCAAGACCUUGACGAGACAGAUGCAACAGUGACUACUACUGGUGACGUUUAUGAACUUGAUAUAGGCGAUAUUGAGCAGGCCCUCAGGUCCAGAGAACACAUCCGGGGGAAAGCGUGGCUGACCGACACUUACGCGAAUACGUCAUCCUUCAUAACUAUACCGAUAUCCGAUGAGUUGACGCGUCGAUUGAUUAUACAACGGCGACGAGUGAUGUGA